CGUUGCCCGUCGUGAUCGGAAUGGCGUCGAGCCGGAGGUUGGCACCGCUGCCCCUGGUAACGGCCGGCUCCUGCCUGCUCCUCCUGCUCUGCGUUCAAUUAGGAGGCGGACAGAAGAAAAAAGAGAACCUCCAGGCAGAGAAAGUGGAGCAACUAAUGGAAUGGAGCUCCAGGCGCUCAGUCAUUCGAAUGAAUGGGGACAAAUUCCGUAGAUUUGUUAAGGCCCCUCCUCGUAAUUACUCCGUGGUUGUGAUGUUCACUGCACUUCAGCCCCAACGACAAUGUUCGGUCUGCAGACAAGCAAAUGAAGAGUACCAGGUGCUUGCAAAUUCAUGGCGGUAUUCCUCUGCAUUUUCUAAUAAACUCUUCUUCACUGUUGUGGAUUAUGAUGAAGGGGCAGAUGUAUUUCAACAGUUAAAUAUGAAUUCUGCUCCCACAUUCAUGCAUUUUCCACCAAAAGGCAAACCCAAGAGAGCUGACACCUUUGACCUCCAACGAAUCGGAUUUGCAGCUGAGCAGCUGGCAAAGUGGAUAGCUGACCGAACUGAUGUCCAUAUUCGUGUGUUUAGGCCACCUAACUAUUCAGGCACCAUUGCCUUGGCUCUCCUUGUUUCACUCGUAGGAGGACUAUUGUAUUUGCGGAGAAAUAACCUGGAAUUCAUCUACAAUAAAACUGGUUGGGCCAUGGCUGCUCUGUGUGUGGUAUUUGCCAUGACAUCUGGACAAAUGUGGAAUCACAUUCGAGGCCCACCUUAUGCCCAUAAAAACCCACAGAAUGGACAAGUGAGUUACAUUCAUGGGAGUAGCCAAGCUCAGUUUGUUGCAGAGUCGCACAUCAUUCUUCUCCUCAAUGCUGCCAUCACCAUGGGAAUGGUGCUUCUGAAUGAAGCUGCGACAUCCAAAGGAGACGUAGGUAAAAGACGAAUAAUCUGCCUGGUGGGAUUAGGCUUGGUGGUUUUUUUCUUCAGUUUGCUGCUGUCAAUAUUCCGGUCCAAGUAUCAUGGGUAUCCUUACAGCUUUUUAAUAAAGUAACAAAUGGAGCCGCACAACAAAAUCCCGGAGUGGACAUGACAAUAAAUGCCAUGUGAAAAGGAAGUAUUUCGCAAUUGGUUCUGCAAGCCAAUCUUACAAAAAGAAAUGUUAAUCAUUAAUUCUUACACUUGUAAUUGUGGAAACGUAAAAGUGCUGUUUAGAAGAAAAUGGGUGUGCUUUUUUUCUGUCUUAUGAAAUUAUUAGCUUAAAUUACUGUCGAGGAUUGUGUGUAAAUUGAUGAGAAAUAUAAUAAAAGUGCAAGAAUCUC